AUGGAUGCCUCUAUGCUUGCUCAAUUACAAGCCGGUCUUGCUCAGCGAGACCAAUUGAUCGCUCAGCUACUUGAAAAAGUCAGUGCCAUAGAACUUCAGACCAAAGCCACCAACGCAAACCCCUCCCCGGAAGGUUCGAACAAAGUCCCUACCAACUCCGGCAAGCCCCAAACUAAGAGUGGAGCAACUCAGAAGAAGUCCAAGAAGGCCGGCAAGAAGAAAGCCCAAGACCCCCCGGCUGCAAAACCCCAAGCGUCCUCAAAGCCUCCAACCAACCUUGGGUCUAGCAAGAAAACUCCGGUCAAGCAACGUGCCCGCUCCGCAACUCCUGCCUCGGCAUCAAAGAAAAGCCCACUUCAAAUGGAGGCUUUCUACGUCCACAUCAAGGUUUUGUGGGGCUUAGUUAAGAAACGAGCAGUUCCCAGUACCCCAUCGGCCGACCAAGUAUCUUCAUUUUAUCAAAGGUUUUCCUCGACAGACCAAAUCAAUUCCGCCAUCAAACAAGGUCCCCGUUUGGUAGCCUUGGACACCAUCCAGACCCUCAAAGAAGCCCGACAAGAGCGUACCAAACUCGGCAAGCACAUGAUGCACAUCUCUGACUUCAAUAUCCGUUACGUUCACACCUCGCUCUCGCAACUCGGCCUCUCAGCUUGGAUCCCCAACCUCGAUGAACAGCCGGACUCUUUAUACAAUGAGGCUCAUAAAAUUUGUGCCAUCAGAACGUUUCGGCAGUUAGUUGUUGGUGGAGCUUACAAGUACAUGAAUAUCAACAACGUCUACGUGGACGACUUCGAUCUUCUGAAACAGGCAUACGACCACUACGUCCACUAUUUAUUGGCAAAUGUACUCAAAAAGGAGAAGAAGGAACAAGGAAAACAUAAGAACGAUGAAGAACGAAAGGUUCUUCAGACCGCUCGAGAAAGGCUCAGAGACAAACGAUACAAAUUUGCUAUCAACAACAACUUUCCCAAACGCUACACAACAAUAAUCAAAUCAAUCCAGGCUCACAGCGAUGACGAAUACUACCCCAGCAAGAACGUUUAUAUUGUCAAAAAGCUCCCUUUCAGAUCCCGCGCGGCCAACAUCUUCUUUACCCGCCUCGACGAUGUCAUGAAGUGA